AAAAUGCACAUGCGCGGCCAUUUUGUUUUUAAUGGUUGUCGUUGGCGUUUCUUGUAAUAAUCGAAUUUUACAAAAAAAAACAAUAAARUAGUCGAACUUUUAGGUGUAAGUUGUUAGAAUAAGUAAAAAGUCAUCACGUAAGUGAAUUUGAGCUAGUUUUCUUGGUGCUAAAACGUGAAAUUGAGUCGAGAUGGUUUCAAAUGCAAAACGUAUGAAAUACGUUUCCGAAAACGAGUUUUCUUCAUCAGAUGGAGAAAAUAUUGAUGAUGGGGAUUUUUCUCAACACAACAGGAGGAUGGGUGGACGUAAGACCAAAGGCUUGUCAAGGAACGCGAUAAUGGCCCGCGAAAAUCGCUUAAAAAAGAAAAUCUACAUUACAAAUCUUGAAAAAGAAGUGGGUCAUUUAAAAACUGAGAACAUAAAUUAUUCCAAAGUGAUAGACAGUCAGUCUUUACUUAUCGCUGAUUUAAAGAAAGAAGUCAAAUACUUGAAAAGUGUGAUUGCAAACAGUAGAGAUAUUGGCAAAUUGAUAAAAAAUAUUCACCACAGUACAGGUAUGUCAGUCUCAACAUCCUUGGAUCAGAGUUUAUCAUUGAAUGUUUCAAAGCCAAAACAGCCUAUAGCUAGAAAAACAGCACAUCCAUGGGAGGAAAAACGUUACCCAAGUUUUCCUACACCUGAAUCAGAUUUUCUUUCAAGUCCACAUUCUGAAAGUGGAUUGAAUGAUUUUACUGACGAUYUAUUUAAUAAUAUUCAACUUGAUGAUUUCAUGGGAGUCACUGAUACAAUUCUAGACCCAGUUUCUAGUGAAACAACUGAAGAAAAUUUGCAUUUACAAGAGCACAAUUAUACUACAAAUGAARACGAGGAUGAUGUUGGAGUGUGUUUGCACGUCUCUAAACACAGAGUUUCGUUAGAGUUCUGUUCCAUCUGCAGCGACAAYGCCCAACAAGCCUGGAACGACUGAAUUAAUUUAAAAUGUCUGUAUCUAAGUAUACUUUUGUUGUCUAUGUGUAGUCAAACUCUUUCCUUGCACUUAGGAAUAACUGGGAAUAACUGUUAUUGUUACAUAGCUAGUUUUUGUGAAAUUUUGGAGUACUAUUGUUUUUUUAAAUUUUCAGGACCUCACGGAAUUGGAGAUUGUAACUUCAGAAGGAUUUGCAGUCCACCUUCUGAAACAAAAGUCAAAGACGCAGUCAAGUCACUUCAGGGCUGUAACAAUGACUGGAAUAAGUAGAGUAUCAAAUGUAUCGUUCCAUGUUCUAUACAUAAUAUUUCGUUCUAGAAAUCGUAUAUUUUUAUAUUUGUUUAACUUUCUACUAAACAAGUGUGUUUUUGAGUUUCAGCACAUAGCGCAGAGUCCAGGGCCGUGCCGAAUUUCCGGGAUAUUUUAAGAUUUUUUUAAUAUUAGGUAAUUAGGUAGGUAGUGUAAGGAAAGGGUCAAAUAAACUUUUGUAUUUAUGUUC